AUGGAUUCCAUGGUGGAUGAGAACAACUACGAAAUGUUCUCUGGUGCUGCCUCGGAGAUCAUUCCAUCUUCCAUUUCGUCGUUUCACUACCCUCAUCAUUUUGGCUCCCAUAGGUCGGAGGAUGGUGUUCUGAGAGAAACAUCUCCACUCCUCACCACUGCUCGUCUGUACGGAACAGGGGGCCGUGACUUGGAUUUGAGACCUAUACAGCUGAAUGCCUCCACUGACACGGCCAGUGUGAAUUUCCGAUUCUUUUCUCCUGACGAGAUCGAACAGGCUCCUGGAGGCUCCACAUUGGAGAACCCUGCGGACCCAGUCGACUACGAUACUAAUUGGGACUAUUCGGUGGAUAAGUAUGAAGAAAAUGAGGAUGCCGUGGAGUCUGUACAUGAAAUGCAAGCUUAUGGACGAAGCCGAGGCUCCUUGUCUUCUGAACGUUUUCUGGAAGGUGCUCGAUCUUUUGCUGAAAGGUUGCCUAGAUCGCCCCACCAGCGUCGUGAAGAAGUUGUAGAGGAUGAUUCUGACAACGAGAGCACCUACGCUACGAUGCUUGAUGAUAGAUACCGACGCAGAAGCGAAGAUUCGGGCUCCAAGAGCUCACGGUCGAUCGGUCUGCGGUCUGAAGUUUCUGACUCUGAUGAACAUGCCUUUUUGGAGGAUUUUCUCCCAGUAGCCAAGUAUCAACGUUACUACUUAGCAGAGGAGGACAUUGUCAUUGGAAUUGCUGGCUACUCCAAUUGUUGGUGGAAAGUCUUUGUAUACUACCUCAUCUGUAUUUUUUCCUUCGGUAUUGGUUACUUGAUUCUCCGUUGGCUUCCUCGUUAUCGUAUUAAUCUCAAGGGUACUCGCUGUCCCUUGGGUAAGGCAGACUGGGUAGUGAUCGAAAACGAGUACGGAGAAUUGACUAUCAAGGACAUUUCAAGAAUGAGAUUUGGCGGACGUCUUUCUCAUUUCAUGACGCUUAAUUCAAAGGAAGAUGAUGAUGGCCAGGUACACUUAGACGAUGUGAAGGAAUCCAACCCUACCAUUCCAUUCAUUCUCUCCUUUGACUACAGAUACCUCAAUUUCUUCUACAACCCGGUGGAAGAUAUUUUUAGAACAAACUCGACGUGGUACGAUCUUCAUUGGCUCAACGUCAAGAACUUGAGAGAUGGUACCUCGCAGACUUUACAAGAACAAAGGGCCACAAUUUUCGGCCACAAUAACAUAAACAUCGAAGAGAAAAGCAUCGCUCAAUUGCUAAUGGACGAAGUGUUGCAUCCAUUCUAUGUGUUCCAGAUAUUUUCCAUUUUCUUGUGGCUUGCCGAUGAUUACUUUUACUACGCAUCGUGCAUUUUCAUUAUUUCGGUUGUUUCCAUAGCCAAUUCGCUCAUUGAAACCAAGUCUACAAUCAAGAGACUUCAAGAGAUGAGCAAAUUCUCAUGUGACAUUAGAGCAUGGAGAAAUGAGUUCUGGACCCAAAUAGAUUCCAAUGACUUGGUUCCAGGUGAUGUUUUCGAAGUGGAUCCUUCCAUGACAGUCCUUCCUUGUGAUGCCUUGUUGGUCAACGGAGAAUGUGUCGUAAACGAAUCCAUGUUGACUGGAGAGAGUGUUCCCGUGUCUAAGAUUAGUGCAACAAAUGAGACUGUCAAGUAUCUUACUGAGAACUUUACACAUCCGGUAUUAGCGAAGUCUUUCUUGUACAAUGGUACAAAGCUACUCAAAAUGAAAAGUUCCAAUGACGAGCCAGUUCUUGCUAUGGUAUUGAAAACUGGAUUCAAUACCACGAAAGGUUCUUUGAUUAGAUCCAUGUUGUUCCCUAAACCUACUGGCUUCAAGUUUUAUCAAGACUCCUUCAAGUAUAUUGGAUUCAUGACUUUGAUUGCAUUUAUCGGUUUCAUUUAUUCAACCUACAAUUUCAUCCAGUUGGGACUUUCAAAGAGAAUCAUGAUUUUGAGAGCUCUUGACAUAAUCACCAUUGUUAUUUUCUGCAUAGCACCUACAAGAGUGAAUAUUGGAGGAAAGUUGGAUGUUGCUUGUUUCGAUAAGACGGGAACGUUGACUGAAGAUGGACUCGAUAUUUUAGGAGUUCAUCCUACAAAGAAUGCAGAAGGUAGAAAAGAAAUUGUUUUCGAAGAGAUUCUUGAAACGAUAGAAAAACUUGGAAAUGAAGUUGAGCUUUCUUCACACAAGACUCAAAGCGACAAAUACUUGCUUGGAUGUAUGGCAUCGUGUCAUUCGUUGAGGCUCAUUGACGAUAAAUUAGUGGGAGAUCCUCUCGAUGUGAAAAUGUUUGACUUCACCGGAUGGAACUUCACGGAAGACUUUGGCGGAAGUAACAUUCCUUUGGUUUAUGAACAUGUUGGCAAGGAAACGUUCGGAUAUAAAAUCUUCAAGGAGUACGAGUUCAUUGCCGCAUUACGAAGAAUGUCUGUUGUCGUUGAAAAGGACAGCCUCAAGUAUGUUUUCACCAAGGGAGCACCGGAAGUGAUGUUGGAUAUUUGUGACCCCACUACCAUUCCAGCCAAUUUUGAAGAACUUCUCCACAAAUAUACCCACGGAGGUUACAGAGUGAUUGCAUGUGCAUACAAAGAACUCAACAAGAAGGUCAAUAUUAAAUCUCUUGAGCGUGGAGAAGCGGAAAAUGACUUGAGUUUCGCCGGAUUCAUCGUUUUUGAGAACAAGUUGAAGGCCUCCACCAAAGCCACUCUCAAAGAAUUGAGAGCUGCAGCCAUUCGGACUGUUAUGUGCACAGGAGAUAAUGUUUUGACUGCAGUUAGUGUUGGACGUGAAUGUGAGUUAAUUGAUCCAGCGGUGACGCAGGUUUACAUUCCGAGAUUUGCCUCGGAUGAGGAAUUUUCGUUGACAGGAGACACCGGACUUAUAUGGGAGGAUAUCCACGACCCGCAAAAUAAAUUGGAUCCAGUUACCCUUCAAAGAACAUCCAGAGACAUUCGUUAUGAUGUCAGCGAGUAUAUUUUGGCGCUAACUGGUGAUGUCUUCAGGUAUGUGCUCGCGGAACUUCAGAGAGAAAAUAUCACUCAAGCUAUUUUGAUGAGAUGUAACAUUUUCGCCCGGAUGUCACCGGAUGAAAAACAUGAGUUGGUUCAGCAGCUUCAGAAACUUGAUUACACGGUGGGAUUCUGUGGUGACGGUGCCAAUGAUUGUGGAGCACUUAAGGCUGCCGAUGUUGGAAUCUCUUUGAGUGAAGCCGAAGCAUCCGUGGCUGCACCCUUCACAUCUAGAAUAUUUGAAAUAUCUUGCGUUCUAGAUGUGAUUAAGGAAGGCCGGUCCUCAUUGGUAACCAGCUUCUCGUGUUUCAAGUACAUGUCGUUGUACUCGGCCAUUCAAUUUAUCACAGUGAGCAUCUUAUACAAGCGAGGCACUAAUCUUGGAGACUUUCAGUUCUUGUACAUAGACUUGUUUUUGAUUUUGCCGUUGGCCAUUCUCAUGUCGUGGUCUAGUCCCUAUAGUGGGCUCGUGAUCAAGAGACCAACAGCCAAUUUGGUGAGUCCAAAAGUGUUGAUCCCUCUUGUCUGUCACAUUGUCGUGAUCCUUGUUUUCCAGAUUGCCGUCUGGCUCUACGUGCAAGAUCAACCAUGGUAUGUGAAGCCCAUUCCCUCAGAUAGUGAUGAUGAUGUCAAAUCUUCCGAUAAUACGGUGUUGUUCCUUUUCACAAACUUCCAAUACAUUUUGAAUGCCGUUGUGUUGAGCACAGGACCUCCAUACCGGGAACCAACCGUGAAAAACAAGCCGUUCUUAAUCAAUUUGGUUGUUGCGCUUAUGCUUUCGGUGGGUAUUUUCUUCAUCAAGGGCGACUCAUGGUGGGGUGACUUUAUGCAAUUGACAGAUAUGUCGACUUUAGCCUAUUGGAUCAUUUUGUUAGCUGGUAUGAUGAACUUUUUGGUGCUGACAUAUGGGGAGAAUCACUUGUUUAAAGUGAUUGCCCAGAUGUACAAGAGAUUGGUCCAUGGCAGGGUUGCUAUUAGCAAGAAGAAGUUCAAGAACUUGGGCAAAGAUUUUGUUCCGAUUGUUUGA